CUGCUGCUCCACGUAGUCAGACACGGGCCUCCAGCUGGUGAGAAAGUGAUCCACCGUGUGAGUGUCCGCUGACUUCGUUUGAAGAUCGAGAUUCACGCCUGGUCGUAGAUUUUCAGCUCCUUUCUCAACAAUUUUCAAAGUCGGUGGAGCAGCAUGAACAUUACCCUGAUUCAUGUUCUGGCGGCUGUCAUCUGGCUCGCUAUGAGCGUCGAAGGACUGUUAUGCUACACUGGAAGUGCUGGUUUGGAGAUUCCUGAAAAACUUACCACAUGUGCAGCAGGGGAAGACUCGUGCGUGAUGAUGGAACUGACUCAGAGUGGCAUUCCUUACCAGGCCAGAACCUGUGCCACAAGAGUACAGUGCGAUGCGUUCGACUUCAAGGACCAGAUGAAACAAUACAUCCUCAGAUUACUGCUGACGUUCAAUGGCACCGUCGAUAGCACCUCCUGCUGCCAAACAAGUUCGUGCAACAAUGAACCAACUGUUUAUUGCAAAACCGGAAGUGCUGAUUUGGGGAUUCCUGAAAAAUUGAUGAAAUGUCCAAUCGGGCAAGACUCAUGCGUGACGAUGCAACUGACUCAGAGUGGUAUUCGCUACUUGGCCAGAACCUGUGCCACAAAAGAACAGUGCGGUGUGUCCAACUUCAAGGACCAGAUGAAACAGUACAUCCUCGGAAAACUGUCGACGUUCGUUGGCAACGUCGAUAGCACCUCCUGCUGCCAGACAAGUUAUUGCAACUACGUGAGUCAAUACUGCUAUACUGGAAUUGUCGGUUUGGAAGUUGCUGAAAAGAACACGUACUGCCGUUCUGGACAAGACUCAUGUGUGACUGCACUGCUGAUUCAGGACAAUCGAAUAUUCAAGGGCAAAAAUUGCACCACCCAGGCACAAUGUAAUGCGCCCGACUUUAAGACGCAGAUGAGACAAUCCGUCGUGAGCAUGAACCCCUCGUUCACAGGCAUCGUCAAGUACUACAGCUGCUGCCAGACAAAAUACUGCAACGGCGCCACUGGAAAGAUCUGCUACUACGGGAGUGCCGGACUGGGAAUCACCGAAGAAUAUAAGUUCUGCGCAACAGGCGAAGACUCCUGCUUAACCACCACCCUAACGCAGGGUGGCAAAACAUUCCAAUUCAGGGGAUGUGGCGUCACGGCGGCGUGUGCGACGUCCGAUUACAAGACGGAGAUAAAGCAAUACAUCACCGGCAUCGCCUCUUCAUUCACCGGCACCGUGAACGAUUACACCUGCUGCCAGACCGAUCUCUGCAAUGGCGUGACCAAUGGUCGUACUUGUCGCUUCGGAAGCAGCGGGUUGGGAGUUCCUGAAGUGGACAAGGCCUGUGCACCAGGGGAAGACUCGUGUGUGACUGCUGUGCUAUCACAGGACGGAAAGCAGCUCAUGGGCAGGGACUGCGCCACUUCGGCUCAGUGUGGCGCCGCCGAGUUCAAGGAUCAGAUAAAGGAGUACAUCGGCUCCCUUUUCCCCUCAUUCACCGGCACUGUCGAUUCGUUCACCUGCUGCCAGCAGAAUCUCUGCAACAAUGGCAGCGGCACCACCAGUGUUGUCCUCGCCCAGCGUGGCUGA